UCCAGUAAUGGGAACCCACCAGAGAGAUGUCCCCGUCCUCUGUAUUCCCGGGAUUCCACACAGGAAGGUCACACCGUCCCUCACCAUCAUCCGGGUGAAGAUCUGAUGAACAUGAAAAUUGAGGGUGAAGUAGAAGGGACGUAUGUCAGGGAUGAUCAGCAAUAUAUGAUGGAGGCUGGAAUGAUGAGAACAAUCAAAGAGGAGGAGUCUUCUACAGAGAUCAGCACAGGACAGGCCAUUGAGGAACCCUCAAAGGAUCAUCUCACUGUAUCUCUAAGCUGUAAUAUGGAAACUGGGGAUAUCACAAGAGAUUGUGCAGAAGAAAAGACAAUGAGUCCCGCUACGGAUGGAGAACAUGACACCCUGAAUAGACCAUCAAAUCCCCCUGACUCUGAGCAACCUCAUACUGUGAGGCAUGGUGCCAGAAAUAAGGGGAAGGAGAAAAUUCCUGGUCCAGAAUGUGGGGAAAGUUGUAGCUCUGAAUCAAGUCUUACUGUACAUCAGAGAUCUCACACUGGUGGGAAGCUUCAUUCUUGUUCUGAAUGCAGGAAAGGUUUUUUUAAAAAUUUAAAACUCUUCAUACAUGGCAGAUCUCAUACGAACAAUAAGCAAUAUUCCUGUCCUAAGUGCAGGGAAUGUUUUUCACAAUUGUCCCAUCUUUACAUGCAUAAGAGGUCCCACAUGAGGACUAAGACAUAUUCUUGUCCUGAGUGUCGGAAAUGUUUUUCAAGGAAAUCAACCCUUGUCAUACAUCAAAGAUCUCACACAGGGAAGGGGCCGUACUCCUGCCCUAAAUGUGAUAAAAGUUUUUUACGCAAGGCCAAUCUUUGCGCACAUCAGAGGAUUCACACAGGAGAGAAACCGUAUUCCUGUUUUGAUUGUGGAAAAUGUUUUCCAAGGAAAUCAACCCUUGUCAUUCAUCAAAGAACUCACACGGGGGAGAAGCCGUACUCCUGCCCUGAAUGUGAUAAAAGUUUUUCACGUAAGUCUAAGCUUUACACACAUCGGAGGAUUCACACAGGAGAGAAGCCGUAUUCCUGUCCUGAGUGUGGCAAAUUUUUCUCAGACAGAUCAGCUUUUGUUAGACAUCAAAGAUCUCAUACAGGUGAGAAGCCGUAUUCUUGUGCUGUGUGUGGGAAAUGCUGUUCAAAGAAAUCACACCUUAUUGUACAUCAAAGAUCUCACACAGGUGAGAAGCCAUACUCCUGUUCGGAGUGUGGCAAAUGUUUCUCAGACAAAUCAAGCCUUGUUAGACAUCAAACAUCUCACACAGGUGAGAAGCCCUAUUCCUGUCCUGAGUGUGGAAAAUGUUUUGCGCGGGCAUCGUAUCUUACCAGACAUCAGUGGUCUCACACGGGGGAAAAGCCAUAUUCCUGUUCGGAGUGUGGGAAGUGUUUCUCAGAUAAAUCAACCCUAGUAAGACAUCAAACAUCUCACACAAGUGAGAAGCCGUAUUCCUGUCCUGAGUGUGGGAAAUGUUUCUCAAUGAAAUCGGAACUUGUUAGACAUCAAAGAUCUCACACAGUUGAGAAGGCGCAUUCCUGUGCGGAGUGUGGGAAAUGUUUUUCAAAUAAAUCAAGACUUGUUCUACAUCAAAGAUCUCACACAGGUGAAAAGCCGUAUUCCUGUCCUGAGUGUGGGAAAUGUUUCUCAGACAAAUCAAGCCUUGCUAGACAUCAAAGAUCUCACACCGGUGAGAAGCCGUAUUCUUGUCCUGAGUGUGGGAAAUGUUUCUCGGUGAAAUCGGAACUUGUUAGACAUCAAAGAUCCCACACAGGCGAGCAGCCACAUUCCUGUGCGGAGUGUGGGAAAUGUUUUUCAAAGAAAUCAAGACUUGUUGUACAUCAAAGAUCUCACACAGGUGAAAAGCCGUAUUCCUGUCCUGAGUGUGGGAAAUGUUUCUCAGACAAAUCAAGCAUUGCUAGACAUCAAAGAUCUCACACAGGUGAAAAGCCAUAUUCCUGUCCUGAGUGUGGGAAAUGUUUCUCAGAUAAAUCAAGCGUUGCUAGACAUCAAAGAUCUCACACAGGUGAAAAGCCGAAUUCCUGUCCUUAGUGUGGGAAAUGUUUCUCAGAGAAAUCAACCUUUGUUAGACAUCAAAGAACUAACAAAGUUGGGAAGCCAAAUUCCUUCUCUGAGUGAGGAAUUUUUUUCACAGGUGUCCCAUCUUCACACUCAUCGAAUGUUUCACACAGGGAGAAGCCGUGUCCCUGACCUUAGUGCAGAAAUAUAUAUAUAUAUAUAUAUAUAUAUAUA